AUGUCUGCCACCAAGGCUCAAUUACCUCUCAGGUUCACUUGCAAAGAGCUCGGCUGCGAGCGUACAAAGUUCUCGACUCGAGCCAACCUCGAACGACACAACAAGGCCCGGCAUGGCCCGGCAGCGUACAUGCCAUGCGGCAAGAGGCUACCAAACCACGCAAGCAAUACCCGACGUCAUGAAUUGACUUGUCAAAGGUGCUGCGCGAUUACGGGCUCACCAUCGACACUCAACGGACAUGCCAGCUUGGAGUCACCUACAAGGCUAUCCGCCGGUGUCGCUGAGACACCGUACUUCCAUCCUACCUACGAUACCUCUCUGGGAGACCUCAACGAUGUGAUUUAUCUCAACGAGGACUACCCGUUCGAGCUCCUGUGA